CCCACCACAAGGCAUUUAACUCUAUUAUGUAUUCAGUUAAAUUAAAUUUGAGCAGUUGAAAUGCAAAGCUGGUAGAUGUCGCCGACGUUGAUAAAAACGAAGAAACGGGCCGCCGGAGCCCUAUUUGCGGUGGCUUGACCAGGUUCGGAUCCACCAGACUCGCCCGGUCGGCAGUGCAAUCGCUUCCGAUUCAUUCUCCAACGACCGUCGCCUUUGGCUCCACGACUCCUCAGCUCUUCUCCGCCCCAUUUUCAGGUCUCCUUUAACUGUCAAUGCACUUUCGGUACCAAUAUUCUCAGUUCAAACUUACAUUUGUGUACACAAAUUCUUGUAUUAGCUGGGCGCAGUGAUGGCCUCAAGGUUCCAGGCGGUGGCACUUGUAUCAUCACCUACGUACUCAAAUGCAGUUGCAUGGUCGAAUGAAAACUUGGUCGCAGUUGCCUCCGGACACUUUGUUACCAUCAUGAACCCUGCUAUGCCAUUUGGACCUAAAGGUUUAAUCACAAUUCCCGACAGCAAACCUUUUCCAAUUGGUGUUAUUGAGAGAAAAGACGUGGCCUCUGGUUGUAUGUUGCCUACGUGUUUGUCUCGUGAUGUGCGUCCUUUUGUACGCUCAAUAUCUUGGUCUCCUCUUGGAUUGGCUCCUAAUGCUGGGUGUUUGCUUGCUGUUUGCACCACUAAAGGGGUCGUUAAGGUUUACCGCUCCCCUUUUCGUGAAUUUUCUGCAGAGUGGGUAGAGGUUAUGGAUGUAUCAGAAAUGUUACAUACAUAUUUUGCAAAAAAUGGAUAUGCGGAAGCUCACAUUGAAUCCCCGGAAGAUUGUGAAGCUACUCAAGUCGGUUCCGAGCAAGACGACAGUGAUGAUGAUGAUGCACCGAUAGCUCAUAUCGGAAUCAGAAACAAAAGCAGAAGACAAAAAAAUCGCCCCUUUAUAACCGCAGAGCAGUAUGCGCGCCGUAGUGCAAUGCUUUCAUCACUGGUUGUUGCGUGGUCCCCGAUGCUUGAUCGUGAGUCAUCAAGGAACUUUUGUAUACUUGCCAUUGGUGCCAAAAGUGGAAAAAUAUCGUUUUGGAGAGUCGACGGACCGCAACGCUACUCCAUAACACAGGGAAGCAAUCCCCCUCCGGUUGCAUUGCUCAUAGGAUCUAUCCAAGUGCACGAUUCUUGGAUCACGGCAAUCGGUUUCUCGAAGUUUGUUUCUGACGGAUCACCUCAGCUUCUAAUAUCCACCGGAUCCUCCGAUGGCAGUGUUAAACUCUGGCGGGGAUAUAUCGAUGACAUCCUCAAGUCCACUGAAGAUAGUCAUGCUUCCUUUUCUCUGUUGAAGGAAGUUACAAAUGUUGGAUCAGGCCCUACCUCUGUACUUUCACUUCAUGUUCCCGAUACUUCCCCACACAAGAUAAUCUUGGCUGUCGGCAGAGGUUCCGGAUCUAUAGAAAUAGCGACCUACCACACCUCGAUCGGAAAGUUUGAUGUAUCUGCGUCGCAUUAUGCACAUAACCAAGUUGUUACAGGUUUGGCUUGGGCUUAUGAUGGACAAUGCUUGUACAGCUGUAGCCAGGAUAAUUCUUUGCAUAGUUGGUUAAUAAAAGGAGAUUCGCUCCACGAAGUGCCUUUACCUCCAAAUAUUCUUGGCGUUAAGAUGUCCACCGAUGUCCCUAAUGUUUCCGAUGCCUGUUUUGGCAUAGCAGUAUCCCCUGCGAAUCUCGUGCUUGCUGUGGUUCGAAGCUUUGAUGUCAAUCUGUUAAAUCCAAUGUAUGAGCAAAGGUCACAGAAGGCUGUUGUUGAGUUCUUCUGGAUUGGCGGGCAAAAGCUGCAAGACGAUAGCGAAUCUAACGACGAAAACUUCCCCGGUUUUCCUAACACGGAUUUGGUUAAUUGGGGGCGUAACAUUAUAUGGUCUUUAAACCAGUACGAACGUCAUCCCGACAAGCCUUUAGUCGUAUGGGACAUGAUAGCAGCAUUAUCGGCUUUCACAAAAUCCGAAGUUAACUACGUAGAACAAAUACUGGUUAAGUGGCUAACGUCCAGUCUUGGAUUUGAGGGUGCCCCUUCUUUUGGAAGCGUUUUGCCGCACGUCUAUCGAUGUCUUUCCGACUUGACUUCACGUCAGUUGCAUCUACUUAAUGUUAUUAACAGGCAUGUUAUACUUAAAGAAGCCAAGUUGAAUGAUUCAAAGCUAUGGGUUACGCUUCUUGAAACAUGUGAAAAAAAUAUUCAAGAAAGGCUUGUUGGUUGUAGUUUUUCGGCGAUGCUAAACAGUGACGAGCAAUGUGUUGGAUCGACCCAAAUGCGACUGUGGGUCGCAAAAAAUGUCGAUACGGUAAAAAGUCGUGUAAAACUCCUUGCUUCUGAAGUCAAAAAGAUUGAGAAAAGAUCUGUAGCAGAAGCAGAAACGGAGUGUUGUAGCUACUGUUCAGCAAGGGUUCCGUUUGACGAUACAGAGGUUGCGUAUUGCGAAGGAGCCGAGAAGCAUAAACUGGCAAGAUGUGCGGUUUCUAUGGUCGUGUGUCCUCUUUCUCCGUUAUGGUCUUGUGUGUCUUGCAACAGAUGGGUCUCGAAUUUGGCUCCGGAGACUCUUUUCACAUUGCUCAAAUACCCUCCACCCGUGCACAAAAAGAGUGAAAUAAUAUUGUCAAAACCGUUCUGUCCGUUUUGUGGGAUACUGCUGCAAAGGCUGCAGCCCGAGUUUCUACUAUCGACGCUACCUGUAUAGAUCCUAUGUGGUUCUGAACGAGUUUUUUACUACAUCUUUCUAACCCCCCUUUUAUUUAUUUGGGAAAUAUGAUGGGGCGAAACGAUUGAGCAUGGCAUGCAGGUAUAAUAAACUUGUUUACUCAUGUUUAAGAUUGAUAUAUCAUGUUUAAAAUUCCAAACAAUAUCUCGAAAUACUAAUUACCUAAAA